AUGACGACCAACGGGAUAGCCCCAUCCCCGAGCCCUGUCCCAGCUAAUAAGCUGUUGGGCAAGGUUCAGGGUACGGACGACGUAUCCCGUCACCCUUCACCCCAGCCCACUCAUUUUUCGGUACCUCUGGGGAGUCUGGGCACCAAUGGGCACAGGGUCUUGCGAUCUGCCACGGUUGGCUACGUUGCGCCCGAAUUCAAGGGACGUGAUGAGCAGAUCACACAGGUCAAGAGCAUCAUCCUUAAGCAGGGCUGGAUCCCUGAAUCUCACCUUGACGAGCAAGUCUCAUGGUUCUACAAUGAGCUAGGUAUAGAUGAUGUCUACUUCCAGAUGGAGAAGGUGGACGUCAUCGCGACCCACAUCACCUCUAUGUACGCUGCCAAAGUCGCGGCCUACGCUCGUGUGGACAAGCGCGAAGAGAUUCGCUUAGAUAUGGAAGCCACCGACCAUGCUAUUUACAUCGACACAAGUGUACCGGGUAAGACCUCCUUACACGGCCCGCGGUUCGAAAAUAGGCUCGAGGCGAAGUAUCUUGACAACGCAGACCCCAAUAAACGUUUCCGUAUCGAGACCUUCCGCUCCCCUGUCACCAUAUCAAAUGACCCCUCGUCCAAAGCGUCUCUGCGAUGCUAUUUCGUCUACCAAUGCAUGUUUGUGGACCCAAACCCGGAGCCGGGCGAGACUCGUCUUGAAAUCAUCAGCGACAGAAUGUUCUUGACCAAAGCAACAAAGAACACCAAGCAGAUUUACGAUGACAUUAUCAAACUCGCCGUCGCUAGAACCGGACCGGUGAUUGAGGUAUUCGACAUCGAAGGCUCCGAAGAAAAACGUCUCGUUGUGGCUUUCCGUUCCCGUACCGCUCGGGGUAUCUUCAGCGCCUUGAGUGACCUCUACCACUACUACGGCGUGACGAGCACAAGGAAGUACGUUGAGCAGUUCUCCAACGGCAUCACGGUCAUGAGUAUCUACUUGAAACCGGCCACAAACUUGGAAACCAAGCCUAUGCCGAUCGAGCAAUCUAUUCAUCAGAUCACCAAGGAGAUUUCCCUCCUUUACUGCAUACCUCAAAACAAGCUUCACUCAUUGUUUGCUUCUGGUGCUUUAAGCUUGCAAGAGACCGUUUACGGACACUGUGUCUGGGUCUUCGUCCAGCAUUUCCUCAACCGUCUUGGCACAGAAUAUGUGUCUAUCAAGCAAGCCUUAGACCCAAAGAACCCAGCACAUGUGGAGAUCCUCUCAAAGCUGAAGCGCCGUCUUCGAACAGAAACGUUCACGCCGGAUUAUAUCCUUGAGAUUAUCGCAUCUUACCCAAACUUAGUGCGAACUCUCUACGCCGCAUUCGCUAGCGUCCACUUGAGCGUCGGCCCUGGUUUCGAGAAGAGUAUCAUCGCGCCUACCCCAUCCGUAGAAGUAUUAUCGGAUGCUCGACUUAAGGAUGCGAUUACCCGAGAAGUGUCCAACGAGCAUGAAGAAAUGGUGAUGACAGCCUUCCGUAUCUUCAAUAAUGCCAUCUUGAAGACCAACUACUUCACCCCCACCAAAGUUGCUCUUAGCUUCCGCUUGGACCCAUCAUUCCUCCCAGAGGUCGAGUACCCUAGACGUCUUUAUGGAAUGUUCCUCGUGAUCAGCGCAGAAGCCCGUGGCUUCCAUCUCCGCUUCAAGGAUGUUGCCCGGGGCGGUAUCCGAAUUGUCAAGUCUCGUAGCAAGGAGGCUUACAGCAUCAACGCCAGAAGCUUGUUUGAUGAGAACUACGCUCUCGCGAGUACUCAGCAGCGCAAAAACAAGGAUAUCCCUGAAGGCGGUUCGAAGGGUGUCGUUCUCCUCGACGCCAAGCAACAGGAUCGCGCGCGGGAGGCUUUUGAGAAGUACAUUGAUAGUAUCUUGGACCUUCUUCUUCCCGCCGAGACCCCCGGCAUCAAGAACCCGAUAGUAGAUCUCUACAGGAAAGAGGAGAUUCUUUUCCUAGGUCCGGAUGAGAACACCGCUGACCUCGUCGAUUGGGCUACAGAACAUGCGCGCGCUCGGGGUGCGCCGUGGUGGAAGUCAUUCUUCACUGGCAAGUCGCCUAAGCUUGGCGGAAUUCCUCAUGACGCAUAUGGCAUGACGACUCUGUCCGUUCGUGAAUACGUCAAGGGUAUCUACCGCAAGCUGAACUUGGAUCCGUCCAACGUCAAGAAGAUGCAGACUGGGGGUCCAGAUGGUGACCUUGGAAGCAACGAAAUCCUUCUGAGUAACGAAAAAUACACCGCGAUUGUAGAUGGGUCUGGUGUUCUCGCCGACCCCAACGGACUCGACAAGGAAGAGCUCAUUCGGCUAGCCAAGAAGCGUGCCAUGAUCUCACAGUUCGACCUCUCCAAGUUAUCCAAAGACGGAUACAGGGUUCUGUGCGAUGAUAGCAACGUCACAUUACCCAGUGGUGAAGUUGUCCCUAACGGCACGCCUUUCCGUAACUUCUACCACCUCAGGGACAAUGGAUUUACCGACUGUUUCGUUCCGUGUGGUGGACGUCCUGAGUCGAUUGAUCUUUCUACCGUGUCAAAGUUGAUUAAGGAUGGCAAGACUACCAUUCCUUACAUUGUUGAAGGAGCCAAUCUGUUCAUCACUCAAGACGCCAAGCUACGCCUCGAGAAAGCUGGCGCCAUUCUCUUCAAGGAUGCGUCCGCCAACAAGGGUGGUGUAACUUCUUCAUCCCUCGAGGUCCUUGCCUCGCUUAGCUUUGACGAUGAAGGUUUCGUCGAGAACAUGUGCCACAACUCUAAGGGCGAGGCGCCUGAGUUCUAUCAGGCCUACGUCAAGCAAGUGCAGGCCACGAUCUGCGAAAAUGCCCGCCUAGAAUUUGAGGCGAUCUGGCGCGAACACGAAGAGACCGGCGUGCCGCGCUCUGUGCUCUCGGACACACUUUCUGUUGCGAUCACCACGCUAGAUGAGGAGUUACAGAGGUCAGACCUGUGGGAGAACCCGAAGAUCCGAAGGGCGGUCCUGGCGGAUGCUCUACCCAAGUUGCUUAUCGACAAGAUCGGUCUAGACACCAUCAUCAGCCGCGUACCGGACUCUUACCUUCGCGCAAUCUUCGGAAGCUAUCUUGCCUCUCGCUUCGUGUAUGAGUUUGGCAGCAGCCCCAGCCAAUUUGCUUUCUAUGAUUUGUAA